AGUGGUUGUUAGUUUAUGAUAAAAGUAGCUUUUCGGCUUUGUGCCAGCUGUCAUUUGUGUUUGAACAAUGAUUAUCUUUGCUUCUGCAUCUGUGUCGCAUUUUAAUGCACCACGAACUGUUGCCAGAGUUCCCUGCGCCAGGAUGGGCGAUGUGGUUUUAUCAGACAGCGUCGGACCACAAUCAGGAGCACAGGAGCUAUGAGAAGAUACUUCUGGACUUGGAUUUGCUUGGUCGGAAGAUAGAUACAGCUUUCUAAGAGGGCAGUGACAAAAAAACCUGCAGACAGCAGCAUCAUCAGUGGUAAAAGUUGGACUGAAAGUGCACAUUCAGUGAGGAAACUGAUGCGCGUAAGAAGGGAUGCCAGCCAGGCGUGGCUUGUGUUUGAAUAUCCAAUGUGAGAAUACGUGGGGAGUAUGUAUAUAAUAGAGUCUUUCCAUCUGAUAAACAGAGAUAUCAAACUGAUGAUUAUAGCAAAGGACGAUCAAUAACCUGAAAGGACUCUGCUGAUUUUGGAGGAGCACGGCGCGCUGGGUACGCUUUGGACUUGUGUAAACUUUUCUCCCUCCUUGAGUCACCGAACAUUUCAAAUGCCUUCGCUUAAUUUGACAGCUGUGCACACAAUGGCAGAGGUCGGGAGUUUUCUGGGGACACUCGACUUGGAUUUACAAAGCUUUCCUGCACUCGGGAAUAUGCCCUUACCGGAGUCUCCAGUGGGCUUGAAUGAGCGCCUUGGGCAGAUUGAAGGGAGGCUGCAGCGGGGGUCGCCUACGGAUUUCGGGCACCUCAAAGGGAUCCUGAGGCGGCGGCAACUCUACUGCAGGACCGGCUUUCAGCUGGAGAUAAUCCCCAAUGGGACUGUGCAUGGGACAAGACAGGAUCACAGCAGAUUUGGUAUCCUGGAGUUCAUCAGUCUGGCAGUGGGUCUGGUCAGCAUCAGAGGGGUGGACGCUGGACUCUACCUCGGCAUGAAUGAGAAAGGAGAGCUCUAUGGGUCGAAGAAGCUGACAGCAGAAUGUGUGUUCAGGGAGCAGUUUGAGGAGAACUGGUACAACACCUACGCUUCAACUCUGUACAAGCACACAGACACGGGACGCUUCUACUACGUUGCCUUAAACAAAGACGGCUCGCCCAGGGAGGGCAACAGGACUAAAAAACACCAGAAACUCACCCACUUCUUACCCAGGCCGGUGGAGAUUGAAAAGAUCCCUCAGGAAUACAGGGACUUAUUCCAGUACAGGUGACCAGUGCUUACACUUGGAGAACUGGUUACAUUUGGAGGAAUAGACAUAAAACAAGAGAGAGGGGGUGUUGUGGAUAUUUUGGACCUGGUACAGAACUGUUUACCCUCAGCUCCCCCUGAGGUCACUGUGUUUGUGCCUUGGCCCACUGCCAAGCACUGACAUAAACAUUGUGCAUGUUCCUGGAUGUUGGCGGGAAAGUGAUCUUGUAAAACCACUGCAUGGACGUGGACGGAGAAGGCCUGCAUGACUGCCCAGCUGUAGGGUGAUCAAAUCAGGUGCCAUGUUUUCUCAAUAACCACUUUUUGGAGAUAAAUGCGUAGAUACUGAAAUGAAUGGUUGACUAUGAGAAGACUUUCAGGAGCUCGAAAUGACGGGAAGCACUGCAGACAUCACAUUGUGCAUUUGUCAUGCACUAUACACAGUUAAAUGUAAGAAAGGGAACAUUCCACAUACACAGAGAUCGGAGAAGAAGAAACGCAAGUGACAGGUUGGGGAUAGUCAGGUACUAAAGAAGAAGAAUGUCUGCAAGGCAGAGAUCAAACUGUUAAAAGGAGAACUGAAGUUUGAUUAAGUCGUCUUCAAAAUCAAAGAUGAAAGAGGGGAAUACAAUCUCUAAGAUGAAUGUGUGAUAGAUGAAAGAGCACUUACUGCACAUCCCCAGUCCCAGCUGUAGGCUCACUUACUCUCCCAUUUAAUCAUUUGAUUCUAAUGAUCUCAUUCAUCACAUUUAAAUAAAAUAUCAAGCGGCCUCUUGUAGGAAUUGUAUGCAAAACAAGUGAUUAAGCUCGGGACAAAAGCACUUCUCUGACUGUGGUUGUAAAGAAUUGUGAUGGGCUUUUUUUUAAAGGAUGGUGACUUGUAAUGUUCAAAGUGUGAGGAACAUUACUAAAAAUGCAAGCAGCUGAGGUGUACAUAUGGGUGAUCCUAUUUAUGAGAUGUACAAUAUAUUUAUUUUCUACAUAUAAAGUAUAAAUAUAAAUCUAUAUAUUUAUUUAUUGCAAAGACUUUAUUUUGUAAUGAACUUGAAGUUAUCUGGACUGUAGAUUCUACUGAAAUUACACACACUCAAAACAACUGCAAUGAUCGUGACAAUAAAAUUGUCCUGCUAUCGAGAACUCA